AAAUUAAUAACAACCACAUCGUCUAAAUAAAUGUAAUUUAUCAUCUUAUAAAUAAAUGAUUUAAUGAUAAAAAAAAAAGGUCGAAACAAAACAAAAUGAAGUAUAAAUGAUAAUAAGUAAAUUACUAUCUCCAGUAAUAUAAAUUAUAAAUUGUCAGUAUGAACGCGUCAAUGAUUAUGAUGGAAACCUUUUUAUAUUUUGCUUAUGGUAGCAAUAUGCUGUCAUCGCGAUUACUUGUCGCUAAUCCAACUGCGCGGUAUAGAGAUAUUGCUUGCUUACAAGAUUAUAGAUUAGAUUUUUGUGGACAUACUCCAGUUUGGAAAGCAUCACCGGCAACUAUCGUAGAAACAUUGGGCUCACAUAUAUGGGGAGUCAUGUGGGAAUUAAAUGUCAGUGACAUUAAGCAUUUAGACAGACAAGAAGAUGUACUUGCUGGUAUUUAUAAGCCAUUGACAGUUAAUGUUACGACAGUUGAUGGAAAAAUAUUUAGCUGUCGUACUUAUAAAAUGACCGUUGAUCCUGAAGAUAAUGUACCUUUGGAUAAAUUACCUGAUCAUCGCAGACCUUCUCUCAUUUAUUUAAAAACAAUAAUCAAAGGUGCGCAAGAACAUGAUUUACCAAAAAAAUAUAUAGAAAAUUUAAAUUCUACAAGACAUAAUGGCCAAGAAUAUCCCGUGCCCAUUGGAUUUGAAGGCUUCAAUGAUACUUGGAAUUGAAUUUUCCCAUCACAAUCUGGAUCCCAUUGAUAUUUAAAUCCAAUAAUUGUACGAUCUUUUAUAUAUUUUUUAGCGGCCUCAGAUUUUAAUGCUAAUUCUGCUGCAUUC